AGCCAUGUACGGACGAUCGAGUGUAAAUUCCGUCGGCGGCGGUGGCGGCAACGAAGAGGGUGGUGAUCGCCCUGGACAACGCAGGGGGGACAUUGGCAGCAGAGCCCAGAGCCUUCUCAGCACCACCAGCAAAAGCAGUAUUGGUGGCGAUUCUUCGUCAGUUGAAACCGGACCGCGUUCAAGUCGAGACGCUCAGCGGAGCAGUUUAAGCAGCGCAAACAACAGUUAUUGUCAAAGUACGUCGUCUUCGCUGUCAUCGGUGGACGGUAGUCGGGCCAGUAACGGUAGCCGUCGAAGUAGUCGCAGCUGCCAGCAGAGUCCUUUGGCCUGCUACGAUCCGAGCGUGGUCAAGACCCGCGCCAGUGUGCUCAGCCAACUGAGUUCGAUCUUUGGCGAGCAGAAGGUCGUGCUACCCGGUGCCAACUACGGUAGCCGAAGAAGUGUUCAGGGAACUCCCCAGUACUACCAGGAGCUCACGGCCCAGCAGCAGCCCCGCGAGUACGACGAUCCGGACGACGAGGAGGCCGAGAUGGAGGCGGAACGCGAGCUGGCCGAGGAUGCCCAGUGGAAGCGGAUACAGCAGAACACCUUCACGCGGUGGGCCAACGAGCACCUGAAGAUUAUCGACCGGAACAUUGCCAGCCUGGAGACGGACCUCGCCGACGGGCUGAAACUGAUCGCCCUGAUCGAGGUGCUGUCACAGAAGCGCAUGAGUAAACACAACAAGCGGCCGACGUUCCGCAGCCAGAAGCUGGAGAACGUCUCGGUGGCGCUCAAGUUCCUCGAGAUCGAGGGCAUCAAGAUUGUCAACAUUGAUUCAUCGGACAUUGUGGACUGCAAACUGAAGCUGAUCAUGGGUCUGAUCUGGACGCUGAUCUUGCACUACUCCAUAUCGCUGCCGAUGUGGGAGGGCGAUGACGGCGAAAACCAGACCAACGGGAACACCACAACGCCGAAGCAGCGUCUCAUGAACUGGAUCCAGCGACUGGUGCCGGAUCUGCCGAUCAACAACUUCACCAACGACUGGACCAGCGGAAAGGCGAUCGGUGCGUUGGUGGACGGUGUCGCACCCGGUCUCUGCCCGGAUUGGCCCAUGUGGGAUCCGAAGGAUGCCGUCCAGAACGCCACCGAAGCGAUGGGCCUGGCCGAUGACUGGCUGAACGUACGCCAGUUGAUCCGUCCGGAGGAAAUGGUCAACCCGAACAUUGACGAGCAGUCCAUGAUGACGUACCUGUCGCAGUACCCGAACGCGAAGAUCAAGCAAGGCGCUCCGCUGCGACCCCGAACCAAUCCCAACAGUAUUCCACCGCCGCGGGUUCGCGCCUAUGGACCGGGAAUCGAACCAACCGGACCGGUCGUCGGAGCGCCGGCCAACUUCACCGUCGAGACGUUCUCCGCCGGUAAGGGUACCGUCGAAGUCGCCGUCAUCAAUCCGAACGGAAACCAGGAGAAGGUCGACUGUCGAUACAACAACGACAAGAACUUAACGUACUCAGUGUCAUACAUACCGAAGAUCGAGGGACCGCACAAGGUGUACGUCAAGUUCUGCGGUCGGGACAUCCCGAAGAGUCCGUACGAGGUGAUGGUGGACAGCCAGGCAGGCGAUGCAUCCAAGGUGACCGCCAGCGGUCCCGGUCUGCUUCCAGAUGGAGUUUGUGUCAACAAGCAAACGUACUUUGACAUCUCCACCAAGGACGCCGGCAAGGGAGUUCCGGAGGUCAUCAUCCUGGAUCCGGCCAAUCACAAAACAACGGUCGCGGCCAAACUGCGUCAGCUGGCUCCGAACCAGUACCGCUGCGAGUACACUUCCCAGUUGGUGGGUCUCCACUCGGUGAAUGUGUUCUACAACGGGCAACAGAUCAAGAACAGUCCGUACGGAGUUCGCGUAGCUCCAACGUGCGAUCCGCGGAAGGUUCGCGCCAGUGGUCGUGGCCUGCAGCCGGUCGGAGUUCGAGUCAACGAUGAAGACACUACGUUCCGCAUCUACACGGAGGGGGCCGGGGAGGGAACGCCAGAAGUGAAGGUGUUCGGCCCGGGCGGAAUCAUCCCGGAGUACAACAUCCGUAAGGUUGACGGAACAACCUAUGAAGCUCAAUACAUUCCAUUGAAGGAGGGUCGCUACAAGAUCCUGGUGCUGUUCGGUGGCGUCGAGAUCCCCAAGUCGCCGUUCGAGGUCACCGUGGGUCCUCAGAAGCAUACCUCGAUCGUGGCGUACGGUCCGGGACUCAAGUCCGGCAUGGUCGGCAGCGCGGCAAGCUUCGUGGUCGAAACUAACGGUGAAACCGGUAACCUGGGCUUCAGCAUAGCUGGACCGUCUCAGGCAGAGAUCGAGUGCCACGACAACGGGGACGGAUCGGCUCUAGUCAAGUAUCACCCGACGGCCCCGGGAGAGUACGCCGUGCACAUCCUCUGCGACAACGAGGACAUCCCCAAGAGUCCGUACAUUGCGCAGAUCUUGCCCAAGGUCGACGACUUCCAUCCGGAGCUGGUCAAAGUGUCGGGACCCGGAAUCGAGAAGAACGGCAGUGUCAUCACCAACAAACCAACCGAGUUCACCGUUGACGCAAGCCGCGCUGGCGAAGCCCCGCUCGAGGUGAAGAUCAACGACGUGUUCGCCAACACGCUGCAGCACAAGAUGACCAAGAACGAGAACGGCGUCCGUAAGGUAACCUACACCGCACCUACCGCCGAUCCCGUGACCGUCGAGGUCAACUACGGCGGAGUAGCCAUCCCGGGAUCACCGUUCCGCGUGAACGUCUCAACGCCCCUGGAUCCGUCCAAGGUGCAGUUCUUUGGCCCAUGGCUGGAGUCCGGAAACCGACCAAAUGCAGCAACGCACUUUAACGUUGAUGCCAGGGACGCUGGCAACGGUCUGCUCGAGGUCAACCUGGUGCACGACGAAACCAAGCAGAAGGUUCCGGUGCGCAUAAUCGACAACGACGACAAUACGUACGCCGUUGAGGUGAUCCCACCUCUGGCUGGAACGUACACCACCAACAUGACCUACGGAGGUCUGAAGGUUCCGAUUGCACCCAAAGUCUCCGUGAACCCGGCCGUGGACGUGUCCAAGAUCAAGGUCGACGGAUUGGAGCCCACGGCUCCGUUGAACAGUUUACAGCAGUUCCGGGUUAUUACGAACGGGAUCGGGAAGGCCGAUCUCGCCGUCACCAUUACCAGUCCGUCCGGCAAUCGCAUCAAGGCGCAUGUGAUUCCUACGGCGGAGGGUUUUCUGGUGAACUUUACUCCAACCCAGCUGGGCGAGUACCUGCUGAGUGUAAGUUUCGGCGGUACCCCGAUAACUCCGCAACCCUUCCGGUUGCAGUGUCUCGUUGGUUCGGACUCUCGCAAGGUUCAAGCCAGCGGUCCCGGGCUGGUGAAGGGAAUCAUAAACCGACCGGCGGAGUUUAUGAUCGAUACGCGGGGAGCGGGUCAGGGAGGGCUGGGCGUCACCGUUGAAGGUCCUUGCGAGGCGGCCAUCAACUGUCGAGACAACGGUGAUGGCACCUGUAACGUGGCGUAUUUGCCCACCGAGAUCGGCGACUACACCAUCAACAUCACGUUCAACGAUGAUCACAUCGCCGGGUCACCGUUUCAGGCGAUCAUCGUGCCGGAACCGAAUCUGAGUCGCAUCCGGGUGUCCGGGAUGGGAAUCCAACCGCACGGUGUCAUCAUGAACGCUCCAACCGACUUCAUGGUGGACAUGAGCAAGGUCGGCGAUGACGUGGAUAAGAGUAAGCUGUCCUGUAACAUCUUCGAUCCUCGUGGCAACGAGAUCCCGAGCAAGCUGGUUCCCAGUGACAACAGUGACAUCUUCCGGAUCAUGUACACUCCGUUCGAGGCAGGUCGUCACACUAUCGACCUGCUGUACGACAGUGUUCCCGUGCCGGGAUCACCAUUUGUCGUGAACGUCAAGUCCGGAUGUGAUCCGACUCGCUGUCGUGCCUUCGGCACAGGUUUGGACAAGGCCCUGACUGACGAACCAGCUACUUUCACGGUAGAAACUCGUGGUGCCGGAGCUGGUGGUCUUUCGCUGGCAAUUGAAGGACCUUCGGAGGCCAAGAUGAGCUGCACUGACAAUCGGGAUGGCUCAUGUGACGUUGAAUAUGUACCGACCGAACCCGGAGAGUACGACAUCACGAUCCGCUUCGCCGAGAAACACAUCCCUGGAUCACCUUUCAAGGUCGUCGUCACUGAAGCCACUCGACCGGACAAGGUCAAAGUCUACGGUCCCGGAAUCGAGCACAACCAAGUCCAAGAAGGAGUUCCGGCCGAGUUCUACAUCGAUUGCGGACAGGCUGGUCCCGGUAAGAUCGCCGUCAAACUAUCAUCAUCCGAUGGUAAGCCGAUCAGCGUCCAAAUCGGAGACAGGGGAGACGGAGUGUACUCCGUAUCGUACAUCCCGCCGGAGAAGGACUCCGUCCUGACCGCUCACGUCCGCUUCGCCGACCAGGACGUCAGCGCGAGUCCCUUCGUCAUGACCGUGGCUCCGGCCCCGGAGGACGCCGCCGCACCGGUGAAGGUGUCCGGCGAUGCCGCUACCAAGAAGAACCUUCCCGCCUCGCUACCGGCCUCGUUCCAGAUCGACGCGCCCAAGCAGGGAACGGCCGGAGCGCCCGCCACCGAGGACAUCAACGUUAGUAUUAAGGGUCCGGACGGAAAGCCGCUGGUGCCCAAGAUGGAGCAGGUCGAGGACGGCACCUACGCCGUAACGUUCGUGCCGGACGAGUGCGGACCCUACAAUGUCAGUAUUAAGUGCGGCGGCAAGGACGUCCUCGGGUCGCCCUUCCUACUGCAGGCCAUCCCCACCGGAGAGGCGGAAAAAGUCAAACUGCUCGAGGCCAUCCCGACCAACCAGGAGUACGGCAAGAAGAACCACGUGGCGUUGGAUGCCCGUGAAGCUGGAACCGGUGCCGUCACUUGCAAGAUUGUGUCCCACUCGGAAGCGAGUGACGUCGACCUGGAGGUGAUCGAGAAGGACGGCUUCUUUGACAUUUUCUACACGCUGAAGGACCCGGGCGAUUACGACCUGGACAUCAAAUUCGGCGGCCAGAACAUCCCGAACGGCACCUUUACGAUCAAGGCCGUCGAGAGCGUUGAGGAGCAGGUCACCAGCAGUACCAGCAGCACGACCAAGACUUCAUCUGCUACCGUAUCGGAGAAUCAGCAGAUCUACCAGCACCAGGAAUCGUACGUCGAGCAGGUCUCCUCAGUUUCCAAGUCGAAGCAAUUCCACCACCAGACCGCCUGCGAAGAAUUCCUCGUCCGCGAGCGCCUCGUGAACGGAAGUGCCAAGCACGAGUCGAACGGACUCCUCACCAACGGAAACCACAAAAGCCACAGCAGCCAGGAGCAGCUGCAGCACCACGCGAGCAACUCGGCAACCAACAGCCAGCAGCACAGUACCAGCACCAGUGUUACGACCAGUGCUGCCAGCAGUACCACCAGCACCUCGAACGUCACAUCCGGUUCGAACCGGCUGCGCGACUUUAAGCUUGAGCGGCUGAACCUUCCCCAGACAGGAGGCGUUGUAAGUGCUGACAUCAAGAUGCCGAGCGGCGAGAUGGACAAACCGGUGAUCGACGACAACCACGACGGCACCGUGUCGAUCCGGUACGACCCCAAGGAGGAGGGCAUCCACGAGCUGGCGGUCAAGUACAACGGGGAGCACGUGCAGGGCUCGCCGUUCAAGUUCCACGUGGACUCCAUCUCGAGCGGGUACGUGACGGCGUACGGGCCGGGCCUGACGCACGGCGUGACCGGCGAACCGGCCAUCUUUACCAUCUCGACGAAGGGGGCCGGCGCCGGUGGGCUGCAGAUGGCCGUCGAGGGACCGAGCAAGGCGGAUAUUACCUACCAUGACAACAAGGACGGAACGGUGUCGGUGUCCUACCUGCCGACCGCUCCCGGCGAGUACAAGAUUACGGUUCGCUUCGGAGACAAGCACAUCAAGGGUUCGCCGUACUUUGCCAAGAUAACGGGCGAGGGCCGCAAGCGUAACCAAAUUUCGGUGGGCUCGUUCGAAGUGACCCUGCCGGGAGUGAUCUCCGACCAGGACCUGCGGUCGUUGAAUGCCUCGAUCCAGGCGCCGUCUGGUCUGGAGGAACCGUGCUUCUUGAAGCGCAUGCCCUCUGGUAACAUCGGAAUCUCGUUCACGCCGCGCGAAGUCGGUGAGCACACCGUCUCCGUGAAACGGCUCGGCAAGCACAUUGCCAACUCACCGUUCAAGGUGAAGGUUUGUGAACGAGAAGUCGGUGACGCCAAGAAGGUCCUCGUGACCGGCGACGCGCUGAAGGAGGGCAAGACCCACGCCGAUAAUGUGUUCUCCGUGGACACCCGCAACGCCGGCUACGGUGGUCUGUCGCUGUCCAUCGAAGGCCCGAGCAAGGCCGAGAUCCAGUGUACGGACAAGGACGACGGAACGCUCAACAUUUCGUACAAGCCAACCGAGCCGGGCUAUUACAUCGUCAAUCUCAAGUUUGCCGAUCACCACGUCAACGGGUCGCCCUUCACCGUGAAAGUUUCCGGCGAGGGCACCAACCGACAGCGCGAGAAGAUCCAGCGCCAACGGGAGGCGGUCCCCGUCACCGAAGUUGGCAGCCAGUGCAAGCUGACCUUCAAGAUGCCCGGAAUCACCUCGUUCGAUCUGUCCGCGACGGUCACCUCGCCGGGCGGAGUCACCGAGGACGCCGAAAUCCAGGAGAUCGAGGAUGGCCUGUACGCGGUCCACUUUGUCCCGAAGGAACUCGGCGUGCACACCGUCUCCGUCAAGUACAAGCAGAUCCAUAUUCCUGGAUCUCCAUUCCAGUUCACGGUUGGCCCGCUCAAGGACACCGGCGCCCAUCUGGUCAAGGCCGGCGGUCCCGGACUGGAGCACGGCGAGCAGGGAGUGCCCUGCGAGUUCAACGUGUGGACGCGCGAAGCCGGCGGCGGCACUCUGGCCAUCUCGGUCGAGGGCCCCAGCAAGGCCGACAUCGAGUUCAAGGACCGCAAGGACGGCUCGUGCGACGUGUCGUACCUGGUUUCGGAGCCAGGCGACUACCGCAUCGGGCUCAAGUUUAACGACCGCCACAUCCCGGACUCGCCGUUCAAGGUGUACGUGUCGCCGGCGAUGGGCGAGGCGCACAAGCUGGAGAUUGCGCAGUUCCCGUCCGGCCCGGUGCAGGCCGACAAGCCGGCCCAGUUUAUGGUGCGGAAGAACGGCGCCAAGGGCGAUCUGGACGCGAAGGUCGUGGCCCCGUCCAACAACGAGGACGAUUGCUUCAUCCAGCUGAUCGACCAGGACCAGUACUCGGUGCGUUUCUACCCGCGCGAAAACGGCAUCCACGCGAUCCACGUCAAGUUCAACGGCGUGCACAUCCCCGGAUCGCCGUACCGCAUCAAGGUGGGCAAGGACGACGUCGACCCGGCGGCCGUGCACGCCUCUGGUAAGGGUCUGGGCGAUGUCAAGACCGGCGAGAAGACGGACCUCAUCAUCGAUACCUGCAACGCCGGCGCCGGAACGCUCGCGGUCACCGUCGAUGGCCCCUCCAAGGUCGCCAUGGACUGUACCGAGGUCGAGGAGGGCUACAAGGUGCGAUACACGCCACUGCUGCCCGGACACUACUACAUGACCAUCAAGUACAACCAGAUGCACAUCGUCGGGUCGCCGUUCAAGAUCAACUGCACAGGGGAGAAACUCGCGGAAGAGGGCGGUCAGGAAACGUCCUCCGUCAUUGUCGAAACCGUCGCCAAGGUCUCCAAGGGUGGCAACCGAGCAGGAGUCAUCCUGCCCAUCUUCAAGUCGGACGCCAGCAAAAUCCAAUCCAAGGGCAUGGGCCUGAAGAAGGCUUACAUGGGCAAACAGAACCAGUUUACGUUAAACGCCGGAGACGCCGGAAACAAUAUCCUUUUCGUUGGCAUUUACGGACCAAAGGGACCCUGCGACGAGGUGUUCAUCAAGCAUACCGGACGCAACCAGUACCAGGUCAACUAUCUGGUGCGCGAACGUGGCGACUACAUCCUGCUGGUAAAAUGGGGCGACGACCACAUCCCCGGUUCGCCCUUCAAGGUCGAAGUAUAA